CGACGACAACAUCGUGAACCUUUGUCUCUUAAGGUCUUUGGAUAUGCUCCAUGAAGUUUCUCUCCUGACAGAUCGUCGUGUCAGAAGGGCUUCUGUCGACUACAAUGGCUUGUUGGCGCGUUCUCGAGCUUGAUCCAUCAACAAGCAUUGGGGUUCCACAGCUGCUUAUCAAAGCAGAUUUUGGUGAACAUGGAUACAUAUUGUGGUUAACAGACCUGAGCAAUAUCUGGAGCGAAGAUUUGAGCGUUGUUGGCAUAAUGGAGCGGGCAGUUGAAGUGGAGUCUCCCAUUGAAGUUGGCAGGCAAGACACCACUCAGCAGGGCAUACUACUGGAGCAUCUUCAGAAUUCUUUGACAAAUGCCGAAGGUACUGUGUGCCGCUUGACCAAGUACAAUGAGAGUGGAGUCAUCCUGAACACAGUCAUCGAUCUACCAGAGCCCCUCGACUCGCUGAAAUGGAAGUUUUGCUUAAGAAAGCAAUCACCAACCAUGCUCAAGAACGAGUUAAUUCUUCCCUUGCUGCUCUCCGGACACAUCCAAUACACUCGAGUGAAAAAGCUCACCACAAUUAUUGCAGAGAAAGAUAAAGCUAUGAGUCGACUCCUUGAUCAGUAUGCGUCGAAUCAUUUGGACCUCGCGUCAGUAUUUCCUAGCGUCAGUGGAAGUAAAGGCAAUAGACGCAUCGCCAAACGCGAGCAAGUAAGCAGGUAUAUCCCGGCCUUACGGCCGUUUGUACAAGAUGAAUGGAUGGAAGAGACUACAAGACACCUUUAUCCUGAACUGUGCACAUUAGACCUUUUCCAGGAGGCUUUAUCGGAAUGCAACCCAUCGGUACCCUCUAGCAUGAAGUCGCGAGAAGAUGAGGGAAUUUGGUGGGAAAACAUUAAAGCAACUAUGGAUAUGUCCCCUCCACGACCGACUUCGACAACAAGACUCGACCCUGUGAUCGAGUCUCGUCCAUCCUCAGAAGGCGAGGAUACUGAAACCGAAGAUGAAUUCGAGACUCACGAAAACUUCAAGUCACGAAUACCUGAACGAAGGGACAAUUCUGCGGACGACAAUCGAGAUAAUUCGGACCCCACCUCUAAGAAUGACAGUCAAAGCCAAUCUCGGCUUCAGCACCGUAUGAAACUAGAAUCGCAAGACCAUGUACUUCCUACAAGACGAAGAUCCUCACUUUCCGUGGAGCAGCCCGCGCUGGCGACCUCGCUACCUGCAGUACCUUCAGAUCAUUCCAAACAUCCUAUCGCUGAACCUACCACAUCUCGCCCAAAACCCAAAGGCUUCAAGAUUGGAGGAGCUAAAAGAUCUCCAGCGACGGUGGAAGCGAAGAUAACCAGCGAAGAAAAUGUCUUAGAGGACAACAUGAACGUACAAAUCACAACUGCGUCACAACAUAACGAGGGACGCAGGAGAAAGGGUUUCAAAAUUGGAGGCAAGGAUAAGAGAACUUCAGAGAAGGAGACAAAGAAUGAAUUUGCUGGUCAUAUUGAAGAAUCAAGUCGUCUGACAGAGAUUCCAGACGUAGAGCCCACGCGCGGAGCCUCUCAAGUGGAGACAAAAGACACGCAUGAAGAGGAAGUGAAGCAUGACGAGACAGCAGAAGAAAAGGCCGAGCGUAAGCGAAGCGAGUUGAAACGAAAGAAUGAUGACCUUUCACGCAGACAAGCCCAGAGAAAGAAGAAAAGAUUCUAGAAAGUUGGGAUCAUUAGGUGAUUCUUGCGUCUGUACCGUUUGGAGUUAGAUAUUAGGUAGCUACCUAGGUAGCUAGGUAAUGUGCC